AUGCAAUAAUAAUAGGUGGUUUUGAAUUUUGAAUAUCUAAGACCAGCUUAAUAUCUAGUAGAUGCAAUAGUGCAUGAUCGUAAAUUUAUUUAUAGAUUUGGUUUAGCCUAAUACAUAAAGAGAAAAGAGAGAUCAAAGAGUUAGAGAAAAAUUUGGGAGAAUGUACCUUACGAUGCUUAUGAAAAAGAAAAGAUGGGAGAUUUCAUGAAGAUAGUAACUAAGAAUAAAAUAUAAUUACCUGCAGAGUAAAAAUAAAUUGUUAAUUUCCACAAUAGUUGGUCAGAGAGUGAUACAUUAAAAAUGGUUUAUUGUGGCAAAUUUAAGGAUAAGAAUUAUUUAAAAGUCUUACAAGCUCAUUUAGCAUGGAGAGCAGUACCAAACAAUUUCUCACCUACUGAUAUAAAUAUAGCAUUUUUACAAAAAGGCAUAGUUUACACUUUUGGGAGAGAUAAAUAAUAAAGACCUAUAAUUAUAAUGAAUCUUGAAUUGGUAAAUUUGAAAUAGGUAAAUAAAAUGGUUUAUUUUUAGUUUAGUGAAGAAGUAUAUAUUAAUGCUUUAAGUUACUAUUUCUGUAUAAUUAAGAAAAACUGUUUUGUUCCUGGAAAAAUAGAAAAUUGGGUAUUCAUAAUGGAUACAAAAAAAUUAGGACUUUCUAAAUUUCCUUUUAAAGUAUUAUUUGAGAAUAUAUAAUAUAGGCAAUUCAAAUAGCAACAAAAACAAUGCAAGUGAAUUUUUGUGGUUGUUUAGACAAAUUAUAUUUAUUAAAUCCUUCAAGUUCAUUAAGUUUUUCAUGGAAGAUGGUUUCUGGUAUUAAUAAUAAUAUAAUAAAAAGCUGUUGCUGAUGCUGAUACAAUGGAAAAGAUUCAAAUGUUGAAACCAAAUGAAUAUUAAAAAAUAUAGGAGAGAAUUCCUGUAAAUUAAUUAGAAGAAUAAUAUGGAGGAAAAGUAGCAAAUUUAACAAAAUUCUGGUAAGAAUAAUUAAUUAUAAUUUAGGCCACCUAUUAAUAUAGAAAUUCCAGGGGGAUAUACAGAGGAAAUCUUAAAAGCAGUAGAAUCAAUGAAAACAGCUGAAAUAGUAAUAUAAAAAGAAGCACCUGCUUCAGAAGAAGAUGAAUUGAAAUUAUAGGAAUAGAUGGCAAAAAUGUAAAUAAAGAAAGAAGAUGAUGAUGAUGAUUGAUAAAAUGUUUAAUACAUU